GAUCGCUUACAGAUCGAGCACAGAUCGAGCAAAACCCUAGUUCGAUCCCACUUGCUUCUCCUGCUCGAUCGAUCAUGGUGGAGGAUCAGGAGAAGUCCAGCAGCAGCCCUCCCGUUCCUCCGCCACCGGAGGAGGAGGAGAUGGAGGAGGGGGAGAUUCAUCCGGGUGGUGGUGGUGGUGGUGGGUACUACGAUUCGGGCUCCGAGACCGAGGACGACGACGAUCGGUACGUGUUCCAGUCUCGCCGCGACGACGAGGAGGAGGAGGAGGGCGUGAACCCGGCGAGCAAGCGCCGCCGCCUCGAGGACAUCCUCGCGGAGACACGGGGAGCGCUCCCGCUGCCUUCGCCGACGCCGUCGUCGUCCGGUUCGGAGGGGACGAUCAGCGACGACCACGGCGACGGGAUCGCCGGCGCCGCCGCCGCCGCCGAUGCACCCGUGGCGCGCGUGGCGUUCCCGUGCCACGUCUGCAGCAAGGAGUUCGGCAGCAGGAAGGCGGUGCACGGGCACAUGAGGGUCCAUCAGGCGGACAAGGACAAGGAGAAGGAGCCGUCGCUGCACCUCGCCCUCGGCUGGACCUCGACGGGGAAGCGCGGCGCCAACGGCAACGCCCGUGCUGUCACCGUCGCCUUCGCCCCCAUGGAACAAGCGGUGGGCGACGACGACGGCGACGCCCGCGCCAUCGUGCUCGCACCGGCGGCGCAGCCGCAGCCGCAGCCCAUGGUGGUGGCAGAAGCUGCCAAUCCUCCUAACCAGGUCGCCGACGACAACCACCGCCUGCCAGUGCCAGCUGCCGUGCCGUACGUCGGCGCCGCCGCCGCCCCCGCCCGCCGCCGCGCUCGGCCGAAGCGUAACGCCGGACAGGGUGGACCGUACAGGUGCAGUUACCCGGGUUGCAAGGGGGAGUACAGGACGCACCAGGGGCUAGGCGGCCACGUGGCUGGCCACAUCAACAGGGAGAAGCAGGCGGCCGCCGCCGCCCAGGGCGGCAGCGGCGCCAGGCCGGAGGGCAAUCACCCAUGCAAAACGUGCGGGAAAGAGUUCUCGACGGGAGUGGCGCUCGGCGGCCACAUGAGGAAGCACUACGACCCCAAGAAGAAGAAGAAGCAUGCUGGCCUUGUCCUUACCCUCUCCGUCGCGCCGCCUACGCCUGCACCUGCUCCGUCCAUCGCCGGAGCGGCAUUGCCACCGGCGGAGGUAAAAGCGGACGUGGAUGAACAUGAAGCAGAGCAAGUGCCAAUGGCGCCGGUGUCUCCGCCAGCUGAAGCGAGGGGAAAUAUCGUGCGGAUUUUUGGCGUGGAUAUAGAGAAGCCGGCAGACGAAGAGGAGCAAGAAGGUGGCAGCGAUGUCUAG